AUGACUCCCUUUAAAAAAGUUGUCUGUAUUGUUAUAAUAUGCUUUUUAUCAAUACAGCUUAAAAUAGGAUGGAACAAGAGCUUAUUUAUCUGGGCAUUGACUGUACCGUUUGCUAGUCUAAUGUCGUUACUUCUACUUAACACGAUUGUAUCCUUCAUUUACCUUCAAUAUUUUGUGUCUCCGCACGGCAAACGAAAAAACGAUAGUUUCAAACCCUUACGGUUUACACAUAAAACACUCUGGCCACGGCUCGAAAAACAACGCAUGUUAGACAACACCAAACGUAAACAGGUCAUCAGUGACAACAGCGAGAUUCAAGCGUCGUUUGAUACAUUGCAACAAUUUUUACUUCGAGACUUUAUUCAAUCAUGGUUUGUCAAGAUCACUGGCCAGAUAUCCGAACAGUCUUUUCCUUUUGCAGUGGAUGUGAUUAUACGCUCUGCCACCGUGGAACUGACCAAACGAUUGCAAAAUACCGAUUUAUUAUUGGUCGUCUUGAAUAAGAUUGUACCCAAGAUCACUUCACAUAUCUCUGAAUUUCAUACAGCCGAAACAUCCUUGCGUGGUAAAUCAUUGGAGAGAUCAGUCACGCAGUCGGAUGAACUGGAUCUUUUGCUAGCUUCUCGUUUUCGACAUGGUAAAUUGCAUGGUGCAUUAACUACUGCUGCUGUAACAACAAAACCUACAGAAAUUGCUUAUCUCAGACAGAUGAUCGAACGCGUGCUACCUUACAUUAUUGAACAAAAGGAAUUACAAAGUGGUCCCGUUCGUGUGGUGAUACGUGAAAUCGUUUCCAAUUCAGUACUGCAACCUGUCAUUGAUAUGUUGGCCGAUCCUGAUUUUUGGAAUCAAACAAUAGAUGCUUAUGUUUUAACGUACAUUCAGAGUAAAUCAGGAAACCCAUUCGAUCCUUUACCUUCUCAACUUUUUUUAUUGUAUAGGAAAAUGGUGCGUCAAUUACGUGAGGUUCUAAAUCGUCAUUCAACCGCUGAUAUCGAUACAGAAGAAGUCAUGAAUGUCUUCAACAAAUCCAAGAGUGAACCCGUGAACAAGCGUAUGAAAAUGGGACCAAAGACUCAAUUUUCUUCAGCAUUUUUGGGAACGGGUGUGUCUACGGAUGAUUGGGAUGAUGAAGGAGAUCAGCAUCGUUCAUCCAAGAAGAAACCUUAUGGUUUUGGCUUGGGUAGAAAAACAUAUCAAGAUUUUUUAAAAGGGAUUGGAGAGGAAAAGAAUUUGUUGGAUUUAAAACGCGUGAGAAAUGAUAUUGUGACCCAAAUUCGGAAAAAGAAGGCACAGAUAGCGGAUCGUGAUCCUGAGGAAGUCAUGGAUGGUGAAAAGGUAGAAGAUAUUAUUGUCUAUAUCAAUCGUCUCAGUACAGCAAAGAAGAGAGUCGAUAAAAGAAUUAGUACGUUAUCAGGUGAACAGUUUGAUUUCCGAAAAUCCACUUCCCAGUUGUUCGGUGUUGGAUCAAGAAAACAGAGUACAAUACCAUCCAGUAUUGGAUAUACGCUCAGAGACAUCUUAACGAACUCAUCAGGAUUAUCCUAUUUCAUGGAAUUUAUGGAUCGAAGAGGCGAUAUGGUAAAACUUCAAUUUUGGCUAAUAGUAGAGGGCUUUCAUAGUACCGAUGUCAUCACCCCUCAGGAACAGGAAACAUUUUUACAGGAUGUCAAGAUGGUAAAUGAUAUGUACUUCACAGAUACAGCACCUCAUAGACUUCAUGUGCUAGAUCAAAUUUACACCGAUCUUUUAAGCGCAAUCGAUGCAGCACAAGAAGCUAAAGAAGGAGAAGCAUUCUCUAACAGUAUACGAGAAUUAGGGUCACGUCUUUAUCGAAUCCAACAACAUGUUUUUUGGGAGAUUGAAAAGGAACAUUAUCCUUAUUUUAAACGGUCGGAUCUUUAUUUUAAGUUUUUGGCUUCAGCUCCAUCCAUGAUCCCUGAAGAAAGAAGACCUGCUUCUAUUCAGGAAUCCAUUCAUUUUGCGCCCGUCAAGACAGAAUCACCUACUCCAAGUCUACACUCGUCAAGGCCAAGAGGUCAUCAACGAGCACUUUCGGAUUCUACCUCCAAACUCACUUCAUUUUCAAACAUAUUUCAAUGGACAAAUACAGAAGAAAUUGGUACAAGUAGCUCAGUGCCAAACUCAAUCAAGUCAAUAGAUGAAACCGAAGAUGAGGAAGAGGAGAAUGAAGAAUUACCCAAGAGAAAUAGGUUGGUUAGAAGUAACACAGUGGAUGCAGUGGAAGCAGAAUUACGAUCCAUUUUGGAUGGAAAUAAUCAUGAAGAGAUAGUAGAUAUACCCGAACCCGAACCCGAACCAGCUAGAGCACCCAAACCCACAAGCUCUUCUUCCGCUUUAUUGCUCUGUGGGGCCAAAGGCGUCAAAUCAACCACAGCUGUUCCUGUAGAGAAUGCAUUUCCUUUACCAUCCUGGACAUCGUCGGGUGGCACCAAUACUAUUUCAGAGAUUGAACAUGAUACAUUGGACACGGCAAUUCCUACUAAAAUGUCUGCUUCUCCCGAUACCUCGAGCGAAUUAGCCAAUGUGCAUUUCGCUCCACCCGGAGAUCUGAUGCUGGCACACAAAAUCGAAAAAUUGAAUGAAGAAGUCGAGAAGCUCAUUGCGCAAGAAGCGAUUGUAGAUGCAUUGAUAACAAAAGCCGAAAUGCAGCAUAAAUUUGAAGAAUUACGUAUUUUAAAAAUAAGUAAAAGUAUGUUUCGACAGGAAAUUCAACAAAUCAAUUAUCAGAAAUGUCAGUAUGAAUUACAAGAAUCCGAGAACGUUUUAACGCCUAAACGAUCUCAAUUGAAUAUUACGGAUGCGACCAUCGGAUCUGAUAAAAAUGGGGAUUUUGCUCUUUACGUGAUUGAAAUUCAGCAAUUGGGGUUUGAUGGGAAUUAUGCAUCAGGUUGGAUUGUUACACGAAGAUACAGCGAGUUCUUUGCUUUACAUCAAAAGCUGAAAGAAAUUUUUCCUAUUGUUAAACUCAUUGAAUUCCCAGGUAAAUGGCCCCUCCUGAAGCUUCAAAAACCGUUUGUGGAAACCCGUAGAAUUAGUUUGGAAAAGUAUUUACGUCGCCUAAUUGAAGACCGUGAUAUCUGUCAAAGUCAAGAAUUUAAGUCGUUCUUGUCACAACAAAAUGUUUAUGUUCCUGCACCAGAUACGGAUUGGUCAUUUGGUUUAUUUACAAGUGCACCUCCUAUGCCUACUUCCAGUUCAAGCAGCUCGUUGCAUUCAUUGACUUCACCAUCUAUUCAAAAUCUUCAGAAAUCAAUUGCUGCGGCAGGCGGUCCCAUGUCAAACGAUGAAAAACAGAACAAGGGAUUUAUGCGACAUAUUUAUAAAACAGUGGCUGCGGGUAUUGAUGAUAUUUUGAUUGGUCCCUCUAUGCUGGAUCUGAUUACACAACGCCUGGGUGAGCAAGUGAUGGAAUUUUCGCAUGAUCAGUCAGGUAGUCCUCCUGCUAGCUCUAGCAGCUCUCGUAGUAACACGAAAUUAGCGGAUUCAACGACUUUAUCAUCUGCUACGGAUUUACCAGAUUCGUUAAAAGCAGAAGGCAUUACACGAUUUACUGAACCGCUCUGUGAUUUAUUUAUUGAAAUGUUUGAACUUAAGGAUAAAACGAAUUGGUUAAGAAGACAAGCAGUUGUGAUUAUUUUACAACAAAUUUUGGAAGGCACCAUUGAAAGAAAACUGCGCGAAGUACUAAAGUACUUGGGCUCUACUUCCAUGGUGGUAUUUUACAUCAACAAAAUCACGGAUAGCUUAUGGCCGAAUGGAGGACCACUGACAUUUAAACCAGCUCGCAAAGUAGAAGAAAAAGUGCAUACAAGAGAAGAAGCCAACCGUAAACUCUCAACAUGGCUGCCGGAUUUUCCUUUAUAA